CAUGUUAUUGAGUCACAUAAAACGCAGCUAAAAUCAAAUCGCAGAAUAAAGUGCUCUGGCUCCAAGGCGGUUUAGAGCAAGCAACAUGUUGGACGGAGGAGUUCUUAAAAGCAGCACAGGACCGUUACUUCUAUCAGUGCUAGCUAGCCGUGUUCCCUUCCUCCAGAGGCUCCUGUGAUAAGUGGUCAUUGAGAUGGCAUCCUCCAAAUAUAAGGGUUCCCCAAGGAAAAAGCUCAACUCAGAGCUUGAGGUGGUUGUCAGCAGUCUGAGGAACGAGAAUGACUAUCUGAAGAAGACCCUGGUUGAGUUGUCUCGUCAACAUUCAGAACAUAAUAAGCUUCUAGAGAGAGUCCUCUCUUUUGAAACUGUUAGGCUGGAGAGUUGUCAGCAGCUCACAGCCAAAGACAAGAAGAUAUCUUUGCCACCAGAGCAGCUCAGUAAGAAAGAAGAGAGUCUGAUGGACGCAGACUCUGCUUCGGAUGAAUGGGGCUCCAGCAAUACUGUAAUAGAGCUCCAAAAUCACCUCCGUGAUGCCUUGGAGAAGAACAAGCAGUGGCUGGAAUAUGACCAGCAGAGAGAGGCCUAUGUGAGGGACAUUCUGGCCAGAAUGUUAUGGCUGGAGAAGCAGCUGAACGAAGCCAAUCAGGCCCGCUCACAGCAGCACAAUGAGGACCAUUCAGAUGGUGAGCCAGAGGGACAGUGGGCAGUGGGCACUCACCACUGGGGCAACAAGGGCAACAGACUGUCACAACAAGAGAAGUGGAAAAUAAUCCAGAUGCAGGAGUACUAUGAAAGACUCUUACAGAAGGCCAAAAAAAAAGCGGAGGUGCUCACAGAGCAGCUGGACAUGGCCUUACAGAACCUGACAAUAAUCAAAAACCAGUGCAAGGAAAGAGAGAUUGAGGUGGAAGAGCUCAAGCAGCAGCUGCAGGCUGAGAAUACGAGCAGAAAAAGUGCGCUGGAAGAUCGUCAUUGUUCUCAGGAUGAAGAGCAAUGGAUGACUGCUGAGACCGAAGACCUCCAGUGCAGACUGGAUGAUGAGAAACGCAGGUCGACAAACUUUGAGCUGCAGUUGGCUCUCUGUCAGAAGUCUUUAUUAAAUCAACACCAUGAAGACCAGGAAAAGAUUGCAGAGCUGGAGCGACAGAUCAAGAUUUCUUCACAGGACCUUGAGGAUGAAAAGCAGGAUUCAUUAUAUUUGAAGAAGCAAAUGUUCAGAGUUUUGAAGUUGCUGAAAACACGUAAAGACCAUGUGAUGGAACAGUCAAAGAGAGAUCAUCAGGAUGGCACCUCAUGUGAAGUAGCACACCCUCCCUCCCUGUGCUCCAGAGACAGCCUUACAUGCACCCCUCACAGCAGCUUGCUGAAUGAAAGCUUCCUGGAGUGCCCCAAUUGCCAUGCUGAGUACCCUGCCAGUCACUACCAAGAACUGAUGAUCCACCUAGAUAUCUGUCCCUGCUGACUGCAGACUUCAAUAAUUCUGUAUUUUCUAUAAUAUGGAUUGUUAACCAGUACUGUGUCGCCAGAGGUAUGUGUUUUCUUAAUAAACUACAAGUUCAGUUG